AUGGCGCCGUGGAUUGCGCUCGCGCUCGUGGGGCUCCUGCUGGGAGCCACUAAUAUCCGCGCGGUUCGCGGAGAGUCGUUUAACUACGACCUCUCGGGCACGGACUGGCCGGGUCUGUGCCAGUCGGGCAAGAAGCAGAGCCCCAUCAAUAUAGUCACAUCCGCAGUGAAGCGCGCCGAUGGCCCCUCGCUGCUCAAAGUGAAGCACCCUCUGAGCCGCGAGAUCACCGUCACCAACGAGGAACACGCCGCCGCUGUGUCGCCACAGGCAGGCAAGCGCUACUAUCUCACGCUGCCCUCGGGGCUGCACAAGCUUGACCACUCCGACCUGCAGGUGCCCAGCAUCCACCUGGUGGACGGCGUGCAGGCGCCCAUGGAGGCCAAGUUCGCGUAUGUGAAUGUGGGCAACACCACUCGCAAGUCCGUCUUCUCCGUCUUCCUCAAGCUGCACCCCAAAGACAAGGACAACGCGUGGCUCAACCUCUGGCUGAACGACAUCCCAGCGGCAGUGAACGGCACAACAAAGAUAGCAGCGAAGACCAACUUCAUGGAGCUGCUGUCGUUUGAGACACCCUUCUGGUACUACGAGGGCUCGCAGGUGCACCCGCCCUGCACUGAGACGGUGGAUUGGUUCAUCUCCAUGCGCCCCAAGUUCGUCUCCACUCGCCAGCUGGCCACCUACAUGAACUUCCUCCCCCGCACCAACGUUGGUGACCACACAUGCAUCAUCCAUCCGCUCCUUGUCCACCCCUCCCCUCCCCAACUCUCCCCCCCUCCCUUUCAGAUGGCCACCUACAUGAACUUUCUAUCGCGCACCAACAGUGGUGAUCGCACCAACAACCGGCUGCCGCAGCCCCUCAAUGCCCGCACCGUCUCUGUGUUCCGCGCCUCGUAG